UGCUUGCGUUGAGUCUCCUCUGUAGUCUGGAGGUCGACUGUCAGACUGUCCCUUAUGUCUCCAUAUCCAUGGGAGCUGGGCUACCUAACCAUAGUUAUGUAGACCUUGGAACAGUGGGGCAUAGUGAUAGCACCAGUGUUUGGUGUCACACUGAUCUGGAGACUUGUUGCAGAAUUGAAGAUGGUCCUCAUCGUGGACAAUGGUUUUUCCCUGAUGGUGUAGCUCUGCAGACAAUGAAGAUAUUUAUGUGGUUGAAGAACAACAGAGAGUUGAACUACGUCGUGCAAACAAUGCCAUUUCACCAACUGGUAUAUACCGUUGUGAGAUUCCAACCAAUGCUGUCCAUGAUGAUACAGACAUCUCAGUGAGAGCCACAGUCUAUGUGGGACUGUAUACUAGUGAAGGAGGGAGCAUCUCAAUAUCAGGAGGAGUGACAUUUGACCCUAGCCAGCUGACCCUCACCUGUAUCUCCACUGGUGGACCUGCUACCACUGUCACUUGGACCAGAGACUCCACCACUGUCACCCAAGGAGCCCAGACUGUGUUGAAUGACCCAGUGACUGCACAGUACACCCACACUCUGACUGUGACUGCUUUGGGAACAUACACAUGUACUGUGU